AUGGAAUCUUAUUCAAAAUUUAAAGCUGGUUCAAAAUUGAUAACCUCAACAGUUGUCGCAAUCGGAUGUGCCGGUGUUGUAUUUUUAGUAUUGAAAUAUAAAUUAAGACAUAGAAACGCAGCUGAGGCUUUAUCGUAUUUAAAUAUUAAAAUAGUCACGACAGAAGAAAGAUGCAAUGAAGUUAUAUAUGAAUUACGCAGACGGAUUAAAUUACACAAGGCGGUGGGAUUUGAUUGUGAAUGGGUAACAACACAAGGUAGAAGACAGCCUGUUGCUUUGGUUCAGCUGUCUUCAUUUGAUGGUUAUUGUGGUCUGUUUAGAUUGAGUCACUUACAGCAAAUUCCAACUUCUCUAAAGGAGCUAUUGGAAGAUGAAAACAUAUUCAAAGUGGGGGUGGCGCCAUUCGAUGAUGCCAAGUACCUAUUAAAUGAUUAUGGAGUGGCACUAAAAUCUACACUUGAUUUACGACACAUGGUUGAGUUGUUUGGAUAUGCACCGGGAGGGCUAGCUUUCCUAGCAAAAUCACACCUCCGUAUUAUUUUGGAUAAGAGUUGGAGGGUGCGUUGUAGUGAUUGGGAGGCCCAGGAAUUAACAGACACUCAAGCUAAAUAUGCAGCUGCCGAUGCUCAUGUUGCUAUCAAGAUUUUUGUAAAUGUGAUUAAUGAACGGAACUGGUCCUUGUGGUCUUGGUUGCGAGGUUCUAAUAAUAACAACAUUUGGCAUGUACUUAAUGACGUCUGUUGGAAGUAUGCAGAUGUUAGCUUUAAAACUAAGCAGAAAGCUAAGUUACGGAGUGAAUUAAUGCACAAAGAAAGGGAAGGGAAGCAAAUGAAAGAAAACUUAUUAAGCAAACGUUACCCGCACGCGACACGGAGCAAGCCUCUAUACCACAACUGCUUCUUGCAAGCUCCGGAUGGGGAGUUGUUAUGUACAUGUGACACUAAAAAGGCUGAAUGGUACGUGGAAAAAGAAUUAGCAGAUAUAGUGGACAAAGAUCCCUUCACAGUUCGAUUGAGGUUUGAGCCAGCCGGACGCUCCGUGGGCGACGUGGGCAGAUACUACCAGCUCACUAAAGAAAACAAAUGCGUAGUUUGCGGCAGUAAUAACUCGUACAUUCGAAAGAAUGUGGUGCCCAGGGAAUACAGGAAGUAUUUUCCGGAAAUAAUGAAGGAUCACUCGUCGCACGAUGUGGUGCUAUUGUGCGUGGAGUGCCACCAGCGCAGCAACAUGCGAGACCAGGCUGUGCGCGAACAACUCGCGGCGCAGUGUGACGCGCCCUUGAGUGCGCACGGUGAGGGCAAGUACAAGGAGGACCCGGAGUUUAAGAAAGUGCGAUCCGCCGCUCGGGCACUUCUGUACCAGUCUAGGAAACACUUGCUGCCUGAGAAGAGACGGAUCGAACUGGAGAACAUCAUACUACAGCACUUCCCAGAACAUGACAACAUUUCAGAGGAGUUAUUGCAGAAGGCUGCCGAAAUGCAAGUCGUUUUUGAGAACAUAGACUAUGAGUCUCACGGCCACAGAGUGGUGGAAUACUUCCUCAAGCAUGACGGGCUGCUACAACUCGAAGAGCUGUGGAGGGCACACUUUUUACAGUCAAUGAAACCAAAGUACAUGCCCGAGUUGUGGUCUGUCAAGCAUAAUGAAGAAAGACUGAAAGUACGAUUGAAAGAAGGACGCCUUUCUGAAGAAGAUGCAAAGAUUUUAGGGCUAUCUAAGUCCCUAAUAUUUGGUGGAGAUCCUGAGUCGGAAAGGAAUAAACGUCGAAUAAAGUCGGAACGAAAAAACGAGAAUUUUCAAGACCCUCCUGUGCCACGUGUUUCGGUAGAAUAUCUAGAAAGCGUUGAAUCUGUGAUUGAAGAAGAUUCGGUGAGGGAAGUAAGUACACAAAAUGAAUAUGAUGGGGACAGUUUUUUUGGCGCUCUUUCUGAACCAAACUCGACUACAGCUCAGUCAGACUCAGCGCAGCCUGAAGAAUAUGCGAGUACAAACGUCGUAAGUAGGCUUAUUUGUGUAGCACAAAACUGGUCUGAUAAAGUUCCAAAUCAUAGCAUACCAAAGUUUGAUAAACGGCUGACAGUAAAUAUGCACUUCACUCAUAAAACACCGCCUAUAGAAUUUUUUGAUAAUUUCUUUCCUUAUGAUCUCGUAGAGUUGCUGGUAGAACAAACAAAUAUUUAUGCGGCACAGAGGCAAACGCUUCACUGGAGUUCAACAUUUGUAGCCGAAAUGCGUGCAUAUCUUGGUGUCUUGGUACUGAUGGGUCUUCACCCCUUACCUGAUGCUAAUCUUUAUUGGUCAACCGAUACUUUUUAUAGAAAUCCUGAUAUUAUCCAAGUUUUCACUCAAAAGAGAUUCAAAAAACUGACUGACAACAUUCACUUGAAUGAUAAAUCCAAAGAACCUGCAAGCGAUGCGCCAGAUCGAGACAGGCUUUAUAUAAAAUACGUCCUAUGA